ACCGGCGGCGUCUGGCGCGCGCGCGGGCGGAGGGAGCGGCGGCGCGCGGAGCGGARGGAGAGGGGGCAUCGCUGCCGGGAGAGCCGCCGAUCCCGGCCGUUCCCAAGCGAUCCGCGGCCGUUCCGUGGGCGGGAACAGUCCUCCGGAGCGGCGGGGGACAAAGCGGAGGGAGGCGCCCAGCUCGCCCCUCCCCAUCCCGGCGCCGGCUGGGGCGGAUGUGCCGUGGGUAGGCGGCGGCGGCGGGGCCUGCGCCCGGCGGAGAUGGAUCUGGCGGGGACGAUAAUCCUACUGUGCUCCUGCGCGGCGGGCGCUGGAGGCCAGUAUGGAAAUCCUCUAAAUAAGUACAUCAGACACUAUGAAGGAUUGUCCUACGAUGUGGUUUUGUUACACCAAAAACACCAGCGUGCCAAAAGAGCAGUGUCACAUGAAGAUCAGUUCUUGCACCUAGAUUUUCAUGCUCAUGGAAGACAAUUCAACCUCCGAAUGAAAAGAGAUACAUCUCUUUUUAGUGAUGACUUUAAAGUAGAAAUUUCAAACCAAGUGAUUGAUUAUGAUACCUCCCAUAUUUACACUGGACACAUUUAUGGUGAGCAGGGAAGUUUUACUCAUGGGUCUGUUAUUGAUGGAAAAUUUGAAGGAUUCAUCCAAACUCAUGGUGGGACCUUUUAUAUUGAGCCAGCAGAGAGAUACAUAAAGGACAGAAAGCUACCGUUCCACUCUGUCAUUUAUCAUGAAGAUGAUAUCAAAUAUCCACAUAAAUAUGGACCACAAGGAGGUUGUGCAGAUCAUUCAGUAUUUGAAAGAAUGCAGAAGUACCAGAUGACUGGUAUAGAAGAACCAACAACAGAGAAGCCUGUUGAAGAGCCUAAGAAUGAYGAAUCACAGCUUUUGAGAAAAAAGCGUGCCACUCAGGCUGAAAAAAACACGUGUCAGCUGUAUAUCCAGACUGAUCAUUUAUUCUACAAGCAUUAUGGAACCAGGGAAGCUGUAAUUGCACAGAUUUCCAGCCAUGUUAAAGCGAUUGACACAAUUUACCAGUCAACAGACUUUUCAGGGAUCCGUAACAUCAGCUUCAUGGUGAAACGAAUAAGAAUUAACACAACCAUAGAUGAGAAGGACUCUUCCAAUCCCUUUAGAUUUCCUAACAUUGGUGUGGAAAAGUUUCUGGAACUGAACUCAGAACAGAAUCAUGAUGAUUAUUGCUUGGCCUAUGUGUUUACAGACCGUGAUUUUGAUGAUGGAGUCCUUGGUCUGGCUUGGGUUGGAGCCCCUUCAGGGAGCUCUGGUGGAAUAUGUGAAAAAAGCAAAUUGUAUUCAGAUGGGAAGAAGAAGUCUCUGAACACUGGAAUCAUCACAGUCCAGAACUAUGGCUCUCAUGUGCCCCCCAAGGUGUCUCACAUUACKUUUGCACAUGAGGUUGGGCAUAACUUUGGUUCCCCUCAUGAUUCUGGAAUGGAGUGCACUCCUGGAGAGUCCAAGAACUUGGGACAGAAGGAAAAUGGCAACUAUAUCAUGUAUGCAAGAGCUACGUCUGGAGACAAACUUAACAACAAUAAGUUUUCUAUCUGUAGCAUUCGAAAUAUCAGCCAAGUUCUUGACAAAAAGAGAAACAAUUGUUUUGUUGAGUCUGGGCAGCCCAUCUGUGGUAAUGGACUGGUUGAACAAGGAGAACAGUGUGAUUGUGGAUACAGUGACCAGUGUAAAGAUGAGUGCUGUUAUGAUGCAAACCAACCAGAAGAYAAAAAAUGCAAGUUAAAACCGGGCAAAAAGUGCAGCCCCAGCCAAGGCCCGUGCUGCACUGCACUGUGUGAAUUCAAAGCGAAGACAGAUAAGUGUCGGAAUGAUUCGGACUGUGCUAAGGAAGGAAUGUGUAAUGGUGGCAGUGCUCUCUGUCCAGCAUCUGAACCCAAAGAAAACUUCACAGUGUGCAACAGGAACACUCAAGUUUGCAUAAAGGGGCAAUGUGCUGGCUCUAUCUGUGAGAAGCACGGCUUGGAGGAGUGUACGUGUGCUAGUUCAGAUGGCAAGGAUGACAGAGAGCUGUGCCAUGUCUGCUGCAUGAGGAAAAUGGACCCAGCUACUUGUGCAAGCACAGGCUCGAGCCGAUGGCAGGAAUACUUUCAUCUUGAAACCAUUACUUUGCAACCUGGAUCUCCCUGUAAUGAUUUCAAAGGCUACUGUGAUGUGUUUAUGAGGUGUCGGCUAGUAGAUGCUGAUGGCCCUCUAGCUAGAUUAAAGAAAGCAAUUUUUAACCCAGAACUAUAUGAAAAUAUUGCAGAAUGGAUUGUGGCUUAUUGGUGGGCAGUGUUGCUUAUGGGAAUUGCAUUAAUCAUGUUAAUGGCUGGCUUCAUUAAGAUAUGCAGUGUUCAUACUCCAAGCAGUAAUCCAAAGUUGCCUCCUCAUAAACCACUUCCAGGCACUUUAAAAAGGAGGAGACCACCACAAACCACUCAGCCCCCACAGCGGCAAAGGCCCCGAGAGAGUUAUCAGAUGGGACACAUGAGACGCUGACUGCAGCUUUUUGCCUUGGUUCUUCCUAGUGCCUACAAUGGGAAAACUCACUCCAAAGAAAACCUAAUAAGUCAUUGUCCCCAGUCUAACUCUCAAAAAUUGAAGAGGAAAAAAAAAAGCAUGAUAUGCCCUCAAAACAAGUGGAAGUGG